AUGUAUCUUCCAUCUACUCAUACCUCUCCUUUGAUUGCACAAGCACUAAAUGAUAUAAUUAUUAGUUGGAGAAUUGAUAAAAAGGUUAUGUCUAUCACCACAGACAAUGGGCCUAAUAUGGUUGCAGCAUUUAAAAAAGCAUCAGAUAAUACCAUCAAUAGACCACCAGUUACUGAAAGACUUCUUAAAAAAAAAUUUAAUUCAAAAAAAACUAGUUGGGUUUGGGAAUUAAUGGAAAGUACUGAAAUUGAAGAAGAAGGAUCAAUAAUCAAGGCAGCAAUUUGUAAAAUAAAUGUUUCAAAGACUUCUGAAAUUAAAUAUUGUAAUAUAAUUGUUCAUGGUGGUAGUGAUUCAUCAACUUCAAAUUUUAUAAAUCAUUUAACAUCAGUUCAUGGACUUACUAAGGAUAAUUAUGAAACCAAAUUAAAUUCUAAGGAAAUUCCAAAAAACCAAUCGAUUGAUCAUAUAUUUAAAAAAGUUCAACAUCAUCCAAACCAUUAA